UGUAGAGAGUGGAUGCCAGACAUUGCGCUGCUGGCAAUAGCGGAGUCGGGCGCGAAACAAAGGGCAGUGUGGAGUCAUCAGAAUACCAAAGGGGCUCUAGGUUCGGCCACCGCGACCACAACCCAUAUGCACACAGAGCCAUGUGAGGAAGGCAGCGUUUAUAGGAAAGGCAGUUUACAGUCUACGUUGGCGGGUUGAGCAGAGCUCCCCACAAAACAGCCGUCUCAGUGGCCACACCAGAUGGGAGGUGGCAAGAAGGGAUACUGAAUAUAAACAGUGUUUUGGAAAUUGAUUGAAAUAAUUAAAUAUAUAAGAAGCAGUGACAGGUUACAGCGUGUCUGACCACGACGGGCGUUUUCUGGGCUAAGUGACUUUUUGACAACCGCGCUUCUGAGAUGUCGGAGGAUUUGGCUCAGCAGGAGAGACUCCAGGCUAUAGCUGAGAAGAGAAAGAGGCAGGCGGAGAUCGAGAACAAGAGGAGGCAGCUGGAGGAUGAUCGCAGACAGCUUCAGCACCUGAAGUCCAAAGGCCUGAGGGAGCGAUGGCUACUGGACGGGGCGCCAUCUGGUGGUGACGAGGAGGAUGAGACCCAGCAGCGCUUACGUGCCGACGAGGUCAAGACCAAGCUCCUCGAGCAGUCCGUCUUGAGAUUGGAACAGGAACUGGAAGAGCUGGAAACGGGUGUGCCCAUCAAGAAGUCGACCGGAGAUGCAAAUGGAGACUCUGUGAAAGAGAAUGGUGUUCAGUCCAGCCCCAACGCCACCGGAAAGCACAUCAUGGGCAUUGAAGCGAAGCUGCAGUGUACCAACCCCGACUCGGCCAUCGAGAACGCCUCCGCGGAGCAUCCUGUCACCAUGGUGUUCAUGGGCUACAAGAACGUGGAGGACGAGGCCGACUCGGAGAAAGCCCUGGGGCUGGACGGGAGCACGGUGAAAGCCGAGUUUGUGGUCAUCGAGGACGGCGAGAGCAAAGCAGCGGCCGCCGACGGAUCCAAGGAGCAGGCCCCUCCCAACGGCAGCGCCGCGGAGAAGGAGAAGGGUCAGGAGGAGGCGGCGGAGAAGGGCGACAAGGCAGACGAGGCCAAGGAAAAAGAGAAGAAGUCCUGCAAAUGCUGCACCAUCAUGUAGGCAGCAGACUCACUGUUCCCGGGGAAUGAUUAGACUCUAUGGAAAUCAGAACAAACCACAAUGCCACAAAAAGAAACUCUGAAGUAUACUCAGUAUACUUGUUAUUGGUUUGGUGUCAAUAUGUAUUUUUUUUCUUUAUUAUUUUAAGUAAUAUUUUUCUAUUUUUCUGUUGUGACAUUUAUAUACAUAUAUUUUAAUUAUAUAUAAUCUUAUGAAGUCAGUAUUAUUGCUUGGAGUCUGAAGCAGCAGAAUGUAGGAAAGACCUUCUACCUGGUGUUGAUCUUUCAAACAAAAGACAACUGCCUUUUUUACAUUCAUUGUAAUGAAACAAUGUGAACUCUGCUCUUAUUUUUGGUUAUUUAAAAACAAAAGAAGGAGAUUAUCAUCUCUCUAAAUAGUUAUUUAUCUCUCUUUCUUGUAUUCUUUAUCAUUACAAAGAAAUUAUUGUUAUCUAUUGUAAUAAUGUAUCACGCUUACAAUGUUGUUUGUUUAUUUGUGUUUGUACUGGUUUUCUCAAUCAUCUCCAGCCACUGUGAGCAUUGGUACAGUUUCUGUCCAUCACAUACUAAUUUGCAGUCACCGUAGUGCAGCGUUGUCAUGAGCAAUGGAUAUUGUAUGACUGUUAGCCUAUGUUUUUUAGACAGAAUCACGAGCAUGGAUACUGACGAAGGAUAUAAUGUUCUGCUUCCCUGGCAGUCCCUUCCUGUUCGAUGCAGCGUAAAACAAUAGCGUAGUCUUUCCAGCAAUAACUUAAAGGGAGUCUGUCUGUCAGAUCAGCAGUAAAGAGAUAUCAAUACCAUCCCAUGAAACCUCCCAAGUUGCUGAAAGCUUCAAUGCAAAUGUACAUCCAUUAAUCAUUUCUAUCCAUUUUAUGUGCAGUGGGUAGAGACAUUUUUAGUUGUUUGAUGGUGGUAUUGUUGUUGGACUGACUGCCUUUAACUGAUGCUGUUUGUGUCUCUUAUUUCCUAAAAAAAAAAAAAAAGAAAGAAAAAGAAAAAAUUAUACUGGAGAUAAUCUUGAUAAUCAACAAGGCCUGUUAAAAACAAAACGCAGGAGACAAAAUUACAGGGAUGUUUAUUGGCAUCAAUGCUCCAAUAACUUGUCUUCUCUGUCCACAUAAGACAAUAUCAGGGCUACAAAAUGUCUCUCACAUUCCAGAACACAAACAGUCAGGAAGUUCCAAAUGUACAGUCGUGCAGUCACAGUGAUCUACUGCUCUGGUUUUGUUCCUUUGUACUUGCGUGAAACACUAUGUCUGUGGAUUUCAAAUAUGUAUGUCAUCCGUAAUAUAGGUGCUUUACUGGUCUGACCAAUGCCUGUUUUGGUCCAUGUGUUAAAUCAGGAUAAAUAAAUAUGUUUGUUUA